AUGGCGUCCCUCCAAGAGACAGAGGCUGUCUACAACGACUUUGACCCGUACGACUUUGCACAUCUCCAGAGUCCCCCCUUCCCCCACACCCCCUCCUACAACGGUUCAUACCAGAACUCGCCCUACUCGAACCACUCUGACCUCUCCUACGACCCCGCCGACUUUCCCCUCUUUGACGACGACCAGCAGCUAGACGACUACGACCCCUCCGAGUACGAUCCACCCAACUCGUCUGCCCUCCUCAUGUUCGACGGCCCCUUUGCCCUCGACCACCCCCACGUCUCUCUCUCCCUCACACCCGCCCCCAUCGACCGCCACCACCACUCCCCCUUUGACUACUCCUCCCCCUCCUCCAAUGGCGGAAACGACGACAACAACCAGCCCCGUUCCCGUGCCUCCUCCGUCUCCUCCUCUCGCAACCCAAACCCUCUCUCCUCCUCUACCCGCCUCGACAUGGCCCACAACUUUGAAAACCUCCAUUUCGAGUCCCCAGCCUGGCCUCCCUCUCAGCUACCCGCAGAUCGCACCAUGUCCCCCCCUCGCAAACCCCAGUCCCCUCCCCAGCUCCUCAUCCCCGACUCCGCCAGCCCCUCCUCUCGCCAUCUGCCCGUCGGCGCC